CUUACGGCUAUGGAGUUCAUGAGCAUGAUCACCAUGCCAUGGCCGAGCAUCAUGGAGAGAAGGCCAAAGAGCACGAGCACGAGGGGAAGCGGCACGAAAAAGAAGGCAAAGACGCCGAACCAGCUUCAUACAAGCACCACGAGCACAAGGCCAAGGAGGAGGAGCACAAGGGUAAGGAGCACGGCCACAAGGCCGCCGAGCACGAGCACAAGGCUGCCGCCCACCACAAGGAGGCCGAAGGCAAGGAUGGUGCGGAGAAAGACAAGUGCCAUCAGAAAGCCAAAGAACACGAGCACAAGGCCAAACACGAGCACAAGAAGGCCAAAGAGCACCACGAGAAGGCUGCUCACCACCACAGCAAGUGCGCUGAGCAUCACGAGCGCAAGCACCACGAGAAGAAAGCCCAUGGCGAGAGUACUCCUACUUCGGAACACCACAAGCACAAGGCCGAGCACCACCGCUGCAAGGCCAAGCAGAACCACCACGCCGCCAAGUACCACGAUUGCAAGGCCAAGGGCGAUAACGAAGGUGCCGGAUACAACCACGACAUGACCGAGUACUACCAGCAGAGGGCCAGGGAGGCGCGCUACAAGGCCGAGGCUUGGCAGGCUCGGGCCCACGAUCAUGAUCACCACGUGCAUCACCGCGCCAGCCAGGCCGCUUACCCGCAUGCUCCUAUGGAGACGCCAAAGCCUGCGCCUUACCUGAUGGCCCGUCAUGAGAAGCCGAAGCCCAAGCAUCAUGUCUUCGAGUCUUUCCAUGGUCGCUUUGGACCACGCGAGGUCGGCGGUUGGGGUGAUGAUGAUGACGACUUCGAUUUCGACGGUGACCGUGAUGAAGACGGCUUCGGCGGCGUCUUUGCUCGUAGCAUGCCCCUGUACGGCGUCGGCCCCGCCGAUUACCCUGGUGAAAAGCACUCUCAUGAUGGCCACCACACCGACCAUCGUCAGCACACCCACCACCCCACGAUCACCGGCACAUGGGAUCACGAACAUAUUUCCACCGAGAUCUACCCUCAGCCGAAGCACACCGGCACCCACAGCGGUGCUCGUCACACCGGCAUGAAGGGCCAUGAGCACAAGCAUGAGCACGAGCACGAGCAUGAGCAUGAUCAUGAUGAGGGGAAGAAGAGCGGUGGGUGGUUCUUUGGGUGGUAGAAGGAUCGGAAGAUAGAUCUACCUUGCUACCAGCGGAGUGAACAAGAAAAAGACCAAGUAAUUGUAAUGUAUUUUAGUAGUCG